AUGCCACCGAAACAACAUCCAAGACCACUGGCUCCCGCCGUCCCUCUCACGCCUACCCAGGCGUCGAGCACCAGUUCUCUGCCAUCAUCAUCCACUAGCAGACCGCGUCGAAACAUCACAACGGCUUGCAGAGCUUGCCGAAAACGUCGUUCCAAGUGCGAUGACAGUACGCCGUGCUCCCAGUGUAUCGCAAAGCAGACCGAGUGUGUCCGCGACCAAGCUGAAGACGGACGAAAGAAGGUUGCAUGGAAGAGAAAGGUGGAAGAGUUGGAGGCCGACCAACAGUUCUUUCCCCGCCUCAUGGAAGCCAUCCGCAAUGGAGACACGACACAGGUCGACAAGCUUAUUGCGCUCAUUCGUGAUAGUGCUUCGCACGAGGAGAUUGUCGACUUCAUUGAGGUGAACUUCCCGCAACCGGAAUCAACUGCAGAAGAUGAAGAAGGUCGCAGCAGAGCUUCCACAGGCCAACAGUCCCCGUCCUCACAUCAGAUCCGACUCCGGAAGUCGUCUCGAAACCACUUUCAUCCGCUCGUUUCGGUGACUGCCAAACCGUGGACGACUGUGACUGACGAUGAUGAUCUCGUGUCGCAUCUCAUCUCGCUGUGGUUUACAUGGCGACACUGGUGCUACCCGUUUGUUGACCGCGAAACCUUCAUUCCAGCAAUGGAGGCCGGAAAUGCACAGGGUGCUAUAUGUACCCCUUACUUGGUCAACAUGAUCCUUGCGGACGCAUGCUUUGACUACGACUAUGCCGAAGAGUCCACCAAUUACUCGCCUCAGAAACCCCUACGGGACCUGUUCUAUGCCGAGGGGAAGCGGCUUGCCGACCGAGCGAAGAAGACGGGAUCUAUUCCUGCGAUACAAUUUCUCGCAAUUCAGUCGAUGUACUUGGACACCAUGGGCGUGGAGAAGUUGUCGCUUUCCGUCAUGCAUGAUGCCGUGUAUCGCUUGCAGCGGCUGGACAAGCCUGGACGACUCGAGAAACUGCAAUCACAGCUAACCGAAGACGAGGCGCUAGCUGCCGGACAAGGCUUCGUCCAUGCCGCGUGGGCCACGUUCAUGGCGGUCACAAGAGCCACGUUCUCACUGCGGAGCAUUCCCGUGAUGGAGCCCCCGAGACGAGAACUACCAGCUCCCUGCCAGGGAGAUUCAAAACAAUUCUGGCUGCCCUAUCCCCGCAAAUCUCCUCCGAUCCUGUCUCAUGCUCAAUGUCACAUGUAUUAUCAUGGAAGGCUGUUUGAGAUUUUUUAUAACAUCAACAAAACCGUUUUCUUUACGGCGGGAAAGCCAACAUCUUCAGUUUCCCGCGACCUCCUCGAAGACCAACACCGUGAGCUUGCACUUUGGCAUGACGAUCUAAUCGAUUGUGUUCAGCUUGUCGGCAUCAACGCUCCUCACACUUAUAGUUUGCACGCGCAGUAUCAUUGGGCAGUAAUUGUUCUAGCCGAGCUGAACUUCACCAUGCCAAUCGAGGACGAGGACGACUCGACACUUGCAUUACUCAUCCCGGUCAUUCAUAUGCAGCACAUGACUGCGGCUCUGGAGAUUGCCGAGCUUGUGUACCGACAAUGUAGGGCCUGGGGCGUGGAACAUAUCCCGUUCAGUUUCCUGCAACCGAUUGACGCUGCGCUUGCAGCCGUCAUGAGUGAUCUGGAACCCAUCGAACAUAAGGCCGCUUUCAUGAAGCUCGCCAUUUCCCUGCACAGCCUGUCGCGCCGUUCGGUCUCCGCCGAAAGCUUGCUCCGCAUGUUGCAACUGAAAUUGCGCCAGCGCCAACUCAUGACCUCGAAGGAUAUCAAGGAGAUGUUCAGAGAAACCAAUGAGCUCUGGGAGGCUAGGGUUUUCGCUGCCAAGCUUGAGGGCGUGGUGGCUUCUCGUACGGACACAUUCAACCCCGAACCCCCCAAGCCGACGACGGCAAUCACGCAAGACGAGCCUUAUGAGAUGCUGAUUGAAAAGUGGAAUCAUUUCAGCCUUGGCGCAACAUCCUCUACUUCUUCAUCCAAUUGA